AUGCGCAGUAACGCGAUUCGCACGACGGAUCCCGAAAAGGCGACGCUGUUUUACGUGCCGUACUACUCGUCGAACCACAUCGCGCAUGUGAACAAGAAUGAGAAAAACAUGAUAGAUAAGGCUGCAGGGGAAAUUUCUAAGGCGUGGCACGAGAUUCUCACCAUGAUUCGCCGCGACUUUCCCUACUUCAACCGCACCAACGGCCGAUAUCACUUUGGCACGAGCACGUUCGAUCAGGGCCGUUGCCACGCGUUGCCGUGGGUCAACCCGGAUUUGUACGGCGAGAUGUUCUUCGUGAUGCUCAACGGGGACCGCCUCGCGCGCACCAUCCACGCUUCUAAGGAGAGGAACCUGCAGGUGCGUGUGUGCUCAGGUGUGUGCCUGCUGAGGGGAAGGAAGGAGGGGAAAGGAAGAAAGGAUCCUGCAGGUGGAGGGGGAGCGAGCAGUGGUAAGCCGCAGUUUCCCGACAUUCCUUGCUACAUGCCCGACCGUGACAUUGUCGUGCCUGCCUUCAUUGGCGGUCAGCUGCCCAUGGUAUCGCCCUUCACCGGCAAUCGAACCAUGCGAGCCAUCUUCCGCUUCUCAGCCAAGCAGAACCACGGGGCGCCUCUCGUGCACCAGGGCCACGACUUGCGGCCUGAGCUGCUGAGAAUGUACGGGCGGAGCCGCAUCAAAGGGUGGAGCUUUAAAUCGAGGGGGGAGAGCCAGACGAACAAGGAGUGGCAGCUGGGUGUGUUCUGCAUCUGCCCGCCCGGCCACUCCCAGUGGACCAGCCGCCCCUUCAAGGCGCUCAUCUCAGGGUGCAUCCCAGCAUUGAUAUCGGGGUGCAUUCCCGUGACGUUCUUUCGUGACCACGACAACCCGUGGGACGAUGAGGUGGACUACUCCUCCUUCUCCAUCAACAUCGAUCCGGACGACAUUGCUUCUCUGCGCUCCCGCCUCGAGACCGCCCCCGUGGAUCAGCUGCAGCGCGGCGUGGAGAGAGUGCAGCACAUGUUCAAAUGGUCGGGGAAUCACACACAAGGGGCAAAGUACGAGCUUAUAAAGAGGCUAAGGCAGCGAGGCAUGCAACUCUCCUCUACCUCCCUGUUCCUAUAG